CUUCUUCGUAUCUCCGUCUAUAUUAUUUAAAAACCAUGUGCUCGUCCUUCCUGAAUUGAUUCUGACGCUCUUGAUUCUGUUUGAUCUGACUUGAUCGAUCUCUCCACGAUCAUCCCCGCAAUGCGUGCCCCGUCUCCACUUCUCCGGAGUUUCGCCUCCAGAUCCUCCUCCUACCUCCCGUCAUCGCGACGGCUCCUCGCUCAACGAACUCCCCAUUAUAUCCGGCCAACUCCUCGCUGCACACAGUCUUCGAGAUCCAUCGCCAACUACUCACACCCGCAUCAUGCCUCCGCCCUGUCUGUGCUCCCCACAACGGUGGACCCGGCCUCCACCGAGUUCCAGGAAAACAGCCGCCAGAUGGACGAGCUCGUCGACCAGAUGACCAAUCUACACAGCACAAUCGCACAGGGAGGACCGCAGAAGGCACGAGACAAACAUAUCGCCCGUGGCAAGAUGCUACCCCGAGACCGGGUCACGGCGUUGAUCGACCCCGGCACGUCCUUCCUGGAGCUCUCCCCGCUAGCGGGCCACGACGUCUACGGGGAAGAAGUCCCGUCAGGCGGCAUAAUCACCGGCAUUGGCACGGUGGAGGGCGUGAGCUGUAUGAUCGUGGCCAACGACAGCACCGUCAAAGGCGGCACAUACUACCCCAUCACGGUGAAAAAGCACCUCCGCGCGCAGGCGAUCGCCCAGGAAAAUAAGCUGCCGUGCAUCUACCUGGUCGACUCGGGCGGUGCAAACCUCCCCCACCAGGCCGAUGUCUUCCCGGACAAGGAGCACUUCGGUCGCAUCUUCUUCAACCAAGCGCGCAUGAGCUCCCAGGGUAUCCCACAGAUCUCCGUCGUCAUGGGUCCCUGCACCGCGGGCGGUGCCUACGUCCCCGCCAUGAGCGACGAGUCCAUCAUCGUCGAAAACCAAGGCACGAUCUUCCUGGCUGGCCCACCGCUCGUCAAGGCGGCCACGGGUGAGGAAGUCUCCGCGGAAGACCUCGGCGGUGGCCAGCUCCACAGCUCCAUCUCGGGAGUUACGGACUACCUCGCCGUGGACGACGCGCACGCUCUCAUCCUCGCCCGCCGGUCAAUCUCCAACCUCAACUACCCCACAACUAGCACACCCCUCCAACUUCCCGACGGCGAAGCCAUCAAAGAACCGCUCUACGACCCAGCCGAAUUAAACGGCAUAGUUGGCACCAACCUCCGGCGCCAGAUCCCAGCGCACGAAGUCAUCGCGCGCAUCGUCGACGGCAGUGAAUUCUCCGAGUUCAAGCGCGACUACGGCACCACGCUUGUGACAGGCUUCGCGCGCAUCUUCGGCCACCGCGUCGGCAUCGUCGCCAACAACGGCAUCCUCUUCUCGGAGUCGUCGCUCAAAGGCGCGCACUUCAUCGAGCUGUGCGCCCAGCGCCAGAUUCCGCUCCUCUUCCUGCAGAACAUCUCGGGCUUCAUGGUCGGCGCCGAUGCCGAGAAAGGCGGCAUUGCUAAGAAUGGCGCGAAGCUGGUCACGGCUGUUGCUUGCGCUGAUGUGCCCAAGUUUACGGUCGUGUUUGGCUCGAGCGCUGGUGCUGGAAACUACGGGAUGUGCGGCCGCGCCUACUCCCCCCGCCUCCUCUUCAUGUGGCCGAACGCCAAGAUCGGCGUGAUGGGAUCGGAGCAACUCUCAUCCGUGAUGGAAGCCGUAGGCCGCACGGCAGACCCGGAGCUGAAAGCGCGGAUCGACCGCGAGUCGGAAGCGGUGUUCUCGUCUGCGCGGCUGUGGGACGACGGGGUGAUUCCGCCGGCGCAGACGAGACGGGUGUUGGGGUUGAGCUUGGCGGCUGCGUUGGGCGGGAGGGCCGAGGAGGUGAAGACGAAGUUUGGGGUGUUUAGGAUGUAGUUUCUGUUUAUCCUGG